UGUGGAAGUUGCGGAUAAGAAAAAGAGUAAAACGCACCCCUAGGCUUACGCCCUGACUCUCGUUCUCGCACACACGCCUACUCCUCUCGCACAACUCUCGUACUCGCUCUCACCUGCAGACGACGAAGACACAGCGGACGGCGGCGACCUCUUGGCUCCUGCUUCAAUCGGCGACUUCCUCCUCCUGCUCCGAUGGAGAGAAGAAGUAUAGCUGAUGAGCUUUAUUCAGAGAUCUUGGAACCAAAAGCAGAUAUGAAUCAAACAUCUCUUCAUGAUAUAAAACAAUCCCAUUCACUAGAAGUUGAGGAUCAACAAUGGUGUGAAGAUGACUCAUCAUGGAAUGGUUCAGAUGAGAAACUUGAUCCAUCAUCUGACCUAAAUAGGGAAUGGCAAAAAAGAAAAAACCAAUUCCAUGCGAUUGGAUAUCGUGAUGGGCUUUUAGCUGGAAAAGAAGCUUCAGCACAAGUAGGUUUUAAUAUCGGCUUCAAGGAAUCUGUAAUCGAUGGAUUUAAUUGGGGUGUCAUUAGAGGCGUUACUGGAGCUUUGGAUUGCCUUUCUGAUGAAUUAAAAGAGAAGUUGAUAGAAUCAAAGGAAACAAGAAGCAAGUUUCAUGAAUUAUAUGAAUCUGUGAAUAAUCUAUCAACAACAGAUGCACAAAAAAUGUUUCAAGAUGAUGGUGUACUUUAUAGUUACUCUGAAAAACUUGAGUCUCUUAUUGUGGAAUCCCCUACAAUUGUGGUGCAAUUAAGGGAUAAAAUAAAUGAUGCUUCGUCAUCGGGUCAAAAGCCUUUAAAUCAAUGAGCUAAUCAUGUUAACAAAUAGCUUGUGAUUAAUCUCAUUAUCUUGUUAGUUUGUUUGAGAUUAUUUCUUUUGAUUGAUAUAUGAUACAAAUAUACUUUGUUUUAUA